UGUUCUUUUGAGUGUCUGCUGCGAUUUAUAAUAAUAAUAAUAAACCCGUUUCCGCCACUGGCCUGAUAACCAAAAAUGUUAUGGCGACUUUUUUUUAACUCAAAAUUACUUUUUUCUCAGAAUUGCGUCGUGCACACUCGCCAUUGCUGUAGUUAUAAUGUCAGAAUUGCGACUUUGUGUGUCGGGCCGUGAGGUUUCAGCUCACAAUGGUGUCGCAUGAACAGGGAAAAAGUCGGAAUUGUGAGCAGGUUGAGGGACACCACGUGACCAAUGGACUCUUUAAAGCGCGAGCGCUGGAGAGAUCCUGUAAUCGCUUACCAACCGACCGAAGCAUCCUGCUGAUUGGGAUGGAGGUGACCCUGAGCAGACUGUAUUCCUCGUGCCGCGCAGGCACUUUCGCAGGCAGACUCGGGCCUGUCCGCUCCUUCGGGGUCACCGUCUACAGAGGAGGCUACAAAAACGUGAACGCUGAGGAGAUUCCGAUGGACAUCAAGUCCAUCACAGACCGGGCAGCACAGACACUGCUGUGGACCGAACUCUUCAGAGGUCUGAGCAUGACCAUGAGCUACUUGUUUCGAGAGCCAGCCACCAUCAACUAUCCGUUUGAGAAAGGCCCCCUCUCCCCCCGUUUCCGUGGAGAACACGCGCUGCGCAGGUAUCCAAGCGGAGAGGAGCGCUGUAUCGCAUGCAAACUGUGUGAGGCCGUGUGUCCUGCUCAGGCCAUCACUAUAGAAGCGGAGACCCGCGCGGACGGCAGCAGAAGAACGACCCGUUACGACAUUGACAUGACCAAAUGCAUCUACUGUGGAUUCUGCCAGGAGGCCUGUCCCGUGGACGCCAUCGUAGAGGGCCCUAACUUUGAAUACUCCACCGAGACUCACGAAGAGCUGCUGUAUAAUAAAGAGAAACUGCUGAAUAACGGAGAUCAGUGGGAGGCCGAGAUUGCUGCUAACAUUCGGGCGGAUUACCUGUACAGAUGAAGCGGGAAAGAAGAGAAGACAAGCUGCUAAAAACGACGCGUUCAUAUAUUACGCACGAAGCAAGCACGCCGCGCGAUAUUAAUGUUUGUCUGUCUGCAGAUUCACACGUUUAGUCCUCUGAUGAAGUUUUUAAUGGCAGACACAUACGGUGCACUUCUUUGUUAAUGCGUUGUUUGACCGUUUAGAUUACAAGUGAUAUUUUUGGCUAUGUUUGCCUGUUCAUAUUUAACCUUAAUGUGAAAUAUGUAUUGUACAUCCGAUAUUAUUUUAACACAUUCUGUUGCUUUCUAGCUGUUAAAGCGGUGUAUUCAAAAAUAACAUGUCAUUCCCAGGAGCACAUAUUUUGCAAAUAUUCAAAUUCGCAUGUUUGUUUAUUUUCUGAUGCAUUGAUUUAAUGACAUAAAUGAAACAAUUAACAAAUAGUGCAACUUACAAUAAUUAACUAGCGAUAACUUGCAUGUUAUGGGCUUUUCCAUAAUGUAUUGUAUUAUACGUAACAGCACCUUCUCUUAUUUUGUUCCAGACCUCAAUCCUAUUCUUAUGCCGCAGUCCACCAUCUUUUGCCACACAGUUCCAAAACAAUAGUGUAUUACAGUAAUUAAAUAUUUAUUUAGCACAACUGUUUGAGUGUCAUUUUUUUUUCAUCCAGUGAUUGAGGUGUAUUAAACAGUAAG